GGAUACAUUUGUGACUGAUAUUAAAGCAAAGUGCAAAGUUAAAUAUGUACUUUAAAUAGAAAAAAGUACACAAAUUGCAACUCAAUGUUUUCACUUCUGUAUCUGUGUAUAUGUAUUGUAUUUUUUACAAUUUCUGGAGUGUCUACGCGAAAACCAAAUGUGUUGUUCAUAGUGGUGGAUGAUUUGCGACCAGCUUUGGGUUGUUAUAAAUACAAAAAUGCAUUUACACCCAACAUAGACAAAUUGGCGGCCUCCAGUUUUGUUUUCAACAACGCAUUCGCACAGCAAGCAUUAUGCGCUCCAAGUAGGAAUUCAUUCCUUACUAGCAGAAGACCCGACACCCUCCACUUAUACGAUUUCUACAGCUAUUGGAGGACUUUUGCUGGUAAUUUCACUACCCUCCCUCAACACUUCAAAGAAAACGGCUACCACACCAAAUCCAUUGGAAAGAUAUUUCAUCCUGGAGUCUCGUCCAAUUUCACUGACGAUUAUCCUUUAAGUUGGAGCGAGGUUCCUUUCCACCCAAAAACUGAACAGUUCAAAAACGCUAAAGUGUGCCUCGAUAAACGUGGAAAUUUGGCGCAGAAUUUAAUCUGUCCUGUUUUGUUGGAAACUCAGCCUCUUGGAACUCUGCCGGACUUGGAGUCCCUGCAAGAAGCUAUAACAUUUUUAAAACGUCAAAAUGAAAGUUAUAGCCCAUAUUUUUUGGCUGUUGGUUUCCACAAACCACACGUACCACUUAAGUUUCCGUUAAAGUAUUUAGAUUAUCAUCCGUUAGACAAUAUUAAAUUGCCAGUAAAUCGGUAUAGACCUUCACUACUACCAACAGUUGCUUGGAAUCCAUGGAAUGAUGUGAGAAGUAGGGAUGAUAUGAAGUUACUUAACAUAUCCUUCCCAUUUGGUCCGAUGCCUGAUCAAACUAUGAAGAUGAUCAUUCAAGCUUAUAAUGCUGCAGUCACUUAUAUCGACGAUUUAAUAGGACAAUUGUUGAAACAUGUCGAUAACAAUACUUUAAUAAUUUUUACUGCAGAUCACGGUUGGUCGUUGGGAGAGCAUGGCGAGAUCUCAAAGUUUAGCAAUUUUCAAGUAGCAACAAGGGUACCACUUAUCGUUCAUUUGCCACAAACCAAACACACGACCGUUCAUGUCGAUAGUUUAGUUGAACUGGUUGAUUUGUUUCCAACAUUAGUUGAUCUAACGAAAGUAUCGGAACCUCUUAAAAAAUGCCCUUAUUUAGAAUCUCAAGUAGAUCUGUGCACUGAAGGUAAAAGUUUCUUUAAACUGAUGAUGAACAGAACAAAUGAAAAGGAUGUAGAAAAAUCUGCGAUUUUCUCACAAUAUCCAAGACCCGGAAUAUUUCCCACAAAAAAACCAGACAGCGACAGACCUCGAUUGAAGGAUAUAAAAAUAAUGGGAUAUUCCAUGAGGACCACCAAAUUUCGAUAUAGCGAAUGGGUGGGUUUUCAUCAAAACUUUUCAGUUGAUUGGAGUCAAAUUUACGGAAAGGAACUGUACGAUCUGGCCAUCGACCCUGACGAAAAUAUGAAUCUAUCCGGUCGGCCUGAGUUACAGUAUAUAGAAAAAAUGUUGGAUAAACAAUUAAAACUCGGUUGGAGAUAUGCACAGUAAUCGUGUAAAUUGAAAUCUUUCGGUGCGUCGUAAAUUUAUAUAUUCAGACAAUAAAUUUUAUUACUUUUAUUAAACUCUAUUAGUUUCAAGAACAAAACUUGCAUAAUUGAUUGUGCAUAUCGAAAUAUUUUAUUUUCGCUAUUAAAUUAUUUUUGCAUUAUUCAUAUGAAAUGUGUCAGUUAUUAUAAUGUCACAUACUAAUAAUAAACGUGUGUGUGUGUGAUUACUAUGUGAAAAUAUGUAAAUAUAGUAGAUAUAAAUAUACGCUACACUAAUAAUAGUUAUAUUUGAGUAAAAAAAUAUUUACACCUAACUUAAGUAUCCGUAAUUGAAUAAUUCUAACAUUGUAUAAAAUUUUAAAAUAAAAGUAAAUUUUAAUACUUUCUGAAA